AUGGUUGCCAAGGCUCUCUCCGUCGCUCUUCUCGCUGGUGCCGCUUCGGCUACCUGCCCCCUCUCCAUUGAGAUCACCAACUCGGAGAACCACGUCGUCAACGUCGCCGUCACCAACACCGGCAGCGAGGCCGUCUCCGUCUUCAAGGGAAACACCGUCUUCAGCGACCAUGCUACCCAGGACCUCUUGGUGACCGAUGCCGAGGGCAAGGCUCUUCCUUUCGAGGGCAUCUACGUCAACUACAAGCGCACCGGCCUCGACGCCAACCUCUUCCAGAAGAUUGCCGCCGGCGAGACCGUCACCGUCCCCGUCAACGCCGCCAAGAGCUACAAGCUCGACGGCGUCGCCGAGGCAAAGGUCACCGCCAUCCAGGGCUUCCGCUACGCCGUCGGCGACAGCAUCCCCUCUUCCUUCAAGGACUUGGCCUCCUGCGCGGAUGUCACCUCUGGUGAAGUCGAGGUCACCCCUGAUCAGACCACCGCCGCCGCGGACCACGUCUCGCGCAAGCGUGACGAGACCUUCAACUCUCGCAUCCAGAAGCGUGCCAUCACCUACUCGUCUUGCUCCACCUCGCAGACCUCGGCCCUGAAGACUUCCGUCUCCGACGCCAUCUCCAUGGCCAACGCCGCUUACACCGCUGCCGGUAACUCGGCCGACUACUUCACCACCUGGUUCAAGUCGACCUCCGUCAUCUCCAAGGUCCAGACAAUCUACAAGGACGUCGCCGGCGUCCAAACGACCUCGCCCAAGAUCUCCUGCUCGGACAUCUACAGUGACUGCACCGACGGCUCCGCCCUCCUCUACACCGUCCCCUCGGACAACGUCAUCGUCCCCUGCCCCAACAACGGCUUCUGGGACUUCCCCGAGCUCGCGUCAAAGUGCUCCGGCGACGACUACGACCGCGCCGGCAGCAUCCUGCACGAGAUGACCCAUCUGUACGGCACCAACGACUACGCCUACGGCCCCAGCGCCGCCCAGGCCCUGUCCGCCACCAGAGCCGCCGCCAACGCCGACACCUACGAGAUGUACGGCGAGAGCGUCCGCCUCGGUGGCUGCACCACCGGCUAA